AUGCAAGGAGGAUACAACUCGUUCCUCAUCCCUGUCAAUCAAGCCGCUCAGAACUCGCAAGGUGGCACUAUAAAUGGAUUCUACAGGCGGCAUGGUAUUGAAGAGAACAGCUGUGAUUCAGACAAGAGUUGGUUCACGAUUGACAAGUGGGAUGGAAACUUGGGCCCUUAUUGUCAUGCGCUUCAGCAUGGCUCGCCUCAGGAGGAAAAAGAUAUCUGCAAAAAAGGCAGCAAGGAUGCUGUUGGGCCCCGGGGGUUUGAUGUUGGUGAGUAUGCCUAUAAAUGGGAUGGCGGAGCGUAUCAUCCUGCUGGCAAAAACAAAUGA